UUUUCGACACGCAGUUAAACAACGACGAGAAGGUGAAUAAACAGCUACCAAAGUUUUUCCAUCUUGAGUAGAAAAUAAAAGAAGUUGAAGGGCUACAAAUACAUGUGUAUAAAUCUGUGUUGAAGUGCAAACCAAACGGAAUUUAAAAUAAAAGGAAAUUCAACGAAGAAAUAACACUAUAGUUAAGGAAAAAUUUUGUUUCCUGGUCGUCAUUUAGAAAGUGUUUAAAUACACGAAUACCAAAGCAGAGUGUAUACAUAUAUUAGUGGAGAGUUUGGUAUGUAGAGGAGUUGCCCCACGUAGAAGAAAAUAUAUAAAUUUCGGAAACUGUUACAACCCUGUGCUCUGGAUGGCUUUCCACUACGCGAUAAAGAAAAUAAAUAAAAACAAUAUCAAAAACGAAUUAAUAACGAAACCAACAAAUAACGGCUGGUUAAAUAUUUUGUGGAGAUUUAAUUUUGGUGAUUUUUGUGGCUACGGUAAUUUGACAGGUACAAGUUUUAUCGGUCACAAAGAAAAACAAACAUAGUUACAGCAACAUUUGUCUCCACGAGCAUCUCUCCACUCCUUAAUCGUUUCAUAAAAAACUUAUUCGUCGCGAUAAAUUUACUCGCUAAUGUAUUAACGUGAAGUAAAUAUAAAAAUUGCGUUUGUGUUUUGUUGCUUCGAAGUUUUAUUUGCAACAUUUCUGUAUAAACUUAAAUAAACAUUUUGGGAUAAGGGUUGACUGAUAAUUAAGACCUUUAAGCUUAAAAGUAAACACAAAAACAAAUUGAAAAGCUCUGAGACAAGUAAUGGAAUUUGGUUUGAAUACGGUUUUUGCGCCGUCGACGCAAUCCAAAAUAGCAGUUGAAGUAUUUCCAACGCUGGAUCGCCAAAGUGAUAAUAGUGCUUUUAAUAAAACCUGCGAUAACAACGCUGGUAAUGGCGCCAAUGUUGCUGACCACAGCAUUUUAAAUUUGUUUGCCUCACCGAAGGAAUGUUGUAUAAAGAAAGAAGAUUUGCCAACUAAAGACCAGUAUGAGCUAGCGUCGCUAAUCCUUAAGAACGCACUAAAUGUAAGAAGAAACAAUGUCGAUAUAAUCGAGAGUCAGACACUGACUCAAAAGCAAAAAAACAAUUCGAAAAUACUCCAGUGCAAUAGCAGUGAUCAUGCGCUGCAGCAGCAGCAAAAGGAAGUGUUUGCGAAAACGUCAGAUGACUUGUUGGCUGCUUUGAGAGUUAAAAACACAAAUACAACUAGCAAACUGAUUAAAAACAAACAGAUCGCCACUCCAAAUGUAUCAACAUCAUCAUCUACAUCAGCAUCAGCAUCAUCUACAUCUACAUCAGUAACAUAUUCAUCAAUUUUAGCCGCACCAGCAACGAAUUCCUCAAGCUCGACAUUAACAGUGGCUGCAUCAAGAACACCAGUUAUGAGCACAAAACCUGCGGCUAGUACAGUAAAUGGCAUCAAAAAUGGUUUACAAAUUCCGUCCGAUAUCCUUGAUGAUUUGGCAAGUCGUUUUAUUAUUAAUGUUCCCGAUAUGGAAUUGAGCAAUUUUAUAAGGAUUUGCUUUCAAAUUGAGUUGGCACAUUGGUUUUACUUGGAUUUCUUCUGUGCUGCAGAUCAGCAACAGCAACGCGAUGAAGCAGGCAAAAAGAGGAAAUUACCAUCUUGCGGUAUGAAACAGUUCGCGAUACAAUUAUUUCAGCAUAUUCCAUUUCUACGUGAACAUUUAUCGUCAAUCGAUAAAAUAUUAGAUGAUUGGAAAAAUUACAAACUAUCAGUGCCCACCUAUGGGGCCAUACUAAUAUCCGAGGAUCUCAAUUUUUGCCUUUUAGUGCAAUCUUAUUUUGCUAAAAGCUCAUGGGGCUUUCCCAAGGGGAAAGUCAAUGAGAACGAAGAUCCAGUGCAUUGCGCCACGAGAGAAGUUUAUGAGGAGACUGGCUACGAUAUAACUAAAUUAAUAGUACCAAAUGACUACAUUGAGGCUGUGUUCAAUUAUCAAUAUACACGCUUGUACAUAGUGCGCGAUGUGUCUCUAGAUACGCAAUUCUCUCCGCGGACUCGUAAUGAGAUUAAAUGUUGUGAUUGGUUUCCGAUCGAUUCGUUGCCGGUCAAUAAAAAUGAUGCCAUAUCAAAAGCCAAAUUGGGUAUAAACGCCAAUUCAUUUUUUAUGAUAAUGCCAUUUGUUAAACCACUUAAAAAGUGGGUGCAUGAUAAGCGCUCGGGUUUAGAGACGCAACGUAAAUAUUCUGAUUUUACAAAUUCCCCUGCAACGCUGAUGACAACAGCAGCGGCGGCCACAGCAGCAGCUGUAUGUGGCGGCACUUAUAACUGUAAUAAUCAAAAGCACACAAAUGCAAAUAGUAGUAGUAAGAAGAUUAAACCACAUACAAAUUAUGAUGAUAAGCAUAACGCCUUAAAAAUGAGUGGUGGAAAUACAGCUAAUUGUGGCAAUAGCAAUAAUGCAACUGCAGCAUCAACAAGCAACAGCAGUAAUCGCUCAAAAAGACAGCGGCAUAAAUCGAUGGGUGAUUUGGAUGGUAUUAAACUAAAUAACUUAAGUUCAAAUAAUUGUAAUUUAAAUACCAUUUGUAAAAAUUCAUCUAACAUGAUAACAACUGCCUCUGAUAACAUUGAACCAAUUACGGAAUCGAUUUCUAAUAAUGGUGAGUCUGGUAACUGUAAAACAGGAUCAAAUCAUAAGCGCAAUGGCAGUUCAGUAAAACUGGUUACUGCCGGCAGCAGCAAUAACGGACAAAAUAGCAACAACAAUAAUGUGGCUGGCUGCACGUCAUCCAAACGCCAAUUGUUUCACAGUCAAAGUCAAAAUGGCAGUAACCAAAAUGGAGAAAAGAUUGUCAGCUCCUUCGAUUUGAUUCGCAAAGAGAAACAACAGCAAUUGAAGGCAUCAGCCGAAAAAGCUUCAAAGGUACAAAGGCAACAGCAGCAAUCGCAAUCGAAUGCCGGCUACAACAGCGGACGGGUGCGCGCUAAGUCGCAGAGUGAUAAAAUGUGCGUACAACAACAAAGUACUAAUAAAAACAGUAACAGCAACACCAAUAACAAUAACAAUUGUGGUGGCAAUAACAAACAUCGCGUACAAAAACAAUUAUCAAUGAUUAUUGUUAACUCAAAUGCUAUAACUCAUAGUGAUAAUAAAAGCAAUCACAACAACAAUAAUGCGAUUAACAACACUGCCGCCCAUAGUGCUCGAGUUGCAUCUAAUCCUACACCAACGGCGUCCACUGGCGCCGAAUUACUCGCAUUUGCUGUAGAAGCAGCCUCAACUCCAAGCUUAACUUCAACAACGAAUUCGGCCCAGAAGCCACGGCCAGCAUCGGCAACUUUGCAUUUUGCCACACCGACAGUUGGUCAACCAACUCAAGAACUACAGCGCAUGGCAUCGGGCACAAAUUUGCGCAUCCUAAAACGCAGUACAUCAUAUAAUACACAGCAGCCGCAGCCGCAGCAACAAGAACUGCAGCCAAAAAAGAACUUAAUACAAAUAUUGCAACAACAAGAAGCCACGUCCGAACAGACACAACAGUUUGAAACUGAACAAGAAGUACGUCAUCGGCAUGAACAGCAGAAAUUCACACCCAGUUUUAGUUCCUGGAUGAAUUUCUCAUUUACAAAAAAUUUUAUUGCAAAUGUGUUUUGUUAGGAAACACGCCAAUCAAUGAGACAGUAGCCGAUUGGUUAAAAGAUAGGAUAGUGGAGGAAAAGCAGAAUUAUUGUAUGCGAAAUGUAACAGUUAAGAAAUCGGGGGAAGUGUUUCUUUUUUGUUUUUCUUUUUCUUUUUUUUUUGAAGACAAGCUUGAAACGAUUUGAGACCUUAUUUGAAACGAAAUUUUGGAAAUUUUACAGCAAAUACAUGCAUUUUUCAAAUAUUGAAUUGAAUCGCAUGUUUAGUAAGUGGCGGAAAUAUGCGAAACGAGACAUAGUAGGAACUGAGAUAUUUGGAGUAGAAGAAAAUUGCAAAAGUUUGACAAAAAUGAUAAAACAUUUGAGUUGGUAUAUUUGUAACACAAUUUUAGAAUUUCAAAAAUGAAAUAGGCAAAUUAAUAUAACUUUUUAUGCAUUUUCUUCAAUGCUUCCUUCGCCGUUUUAACUGUUUCUUUUCUAAGUAUACGAGUACCAACUACAAAACCACUUUAUUUAUUUCUAUUGAAAUUUAAAUUUUUUCUUUACUUUGAUAAAAACGGAAGCGUACAGACGAAAUUCAUUUUUGAUUUCUAAUUUUGGUUCAAUCUAUAUAAAAUAAAAAUAAAAACAUAAAUAAUUGUCUGCUUUUGUUGGGACACUACAAUUACUCCAAUACUUUAUAACAUUUUUAAAAAGUAAAUUAUUGUGAAACUUAAGUUUUAUAAAAUAAAAUAUUAGAAUAAUUAUAAAUCAUUUAACGAAAAUGCCACCUACAAAUAGUGAGAAACCACUAGACGACUAAUAGGUAGGCUAUAAAGCGUAACAGUAGCCAUAAAUUGAUGGUACAAAUACCAACUAAACCAUCAUUUCAUUCCAUCAUCACGCUCUACCAACGCCUUGUGAUAGUACAAUAAAUUUUACUUUUAGUUUAAUUGAUAAAUCAUACUGUAAAUCAUAUAUAUGUACUGAAAUGUAAACAAAAAGUGCAAAGUAACUUGUCGUGUACAGAAAUGAAAUGCCUAUUUUUUGUCGCUCUAUUUAAAUGCUCUCAUUGGGUUCUUCCAUUUUUAUAAUGAAGAUUAAUUUCGGUACAAAUAUAUUCUUGCUAUUUUCAUGUGGCAUUUGAGCGCAAAAAAUGUACAACGUACCUCGAGUUAUUGCAUUUUUACUAUUACUCAGAAUAAUGUUCAAAUUUCUAUGAAAGUGACAAAUUACUUACAACUUUCAUAACAUAUUUUUGUGUAAUUGUAAUUUGUAUUAAAGUUUUCCAGUUAUUAGUUCCUUCUUAGGUAUUUAUCUUUCGGCUGAAAUAAAAAGCAAAACUACUUACUUAUAUAUGAAGUCGCAUGAGGCAGAUUAACAUAAAACAAAAAAGAGCCUUUGCAUCAUGGCCACAAUUCGAACAUUUAUGAGUUACCCUAAGCGACGGCUUCAAUUGGCUUUAAUAUGAAGAUAAAUAUACAUAUAUUUAAUUGUUUUGAUUUUUUUUUUAAUUUUUCUCAUUAAGUUAAUUUAGUGCGAAUAUUUUUGUAGUGCAGUUUGUUCGCACAAUUGAAGUUGAAACGUCGAAGAAAGAAAUUUAAUAUCAAAUGUGUUUUCACUUUU